GCAAUCAGAGAACAGGGAAAACAAGCAAUUUGAGAGGGAGGGGGAGAGAGAGAGAGAGACGGAGAAAAGAGGAAGAAUGAGAUCCUGGAAACACUGAAUUAAACAGCAGGAGUGUAAAACAGAAGGAGGGGAAAAAAGAGGUAUUCUAGCUAGAAAAGUAGUAUUUCAAGACCCCUUGAUUGACCUGUAAAUCUAAGGAUGAGAAGUCUUUACAACACAAUGUAUUAAAAUCAGAAAAGUACAGAAUGAGAGAAGGAGCAAAGAAGGCGGCGAAUGAAAGUUGAAUCAAGACCCAAAGCAGGAGGAACUGUGAGAAACCUGAGCAGAAAACUGAACUCCUUGGAAAAAAGGGAAAAGAGAUGGACCAGGAGAGGGAACAAAUUCAGAGGUACAACCUCACAAAUUCAGGAAAUUUAACUUGGAUAAGGCACAGGAAAUUUUCUCUCUUUUCUUUCCCUUGAAAACUGGAUUUGCAGGACUCAGGUGUGAAUAAGCUGACCGGAUACCAGGUAUUUAUGUCACAACUAUGGGAAUUGUGGCUACUCUCCAGCAUCUCUGAGGUGCACCACUGCCUUAUUGUUUUGUGUGUGCUUCUGUAUGUGGGAGGCACCGGUCCUCAUAUACAACACUGGAAGCCCUUCACCUCAGUAACAAGAGGAACCUCAUGAUAAAGCGAAUCAUGGGCAGCAUUCGGAUAAACAGGUACAGUAUUGUUUCCACAGAAGAGGAUGGGCACAAAGUCUCUUCCCUUGGCAGCUUUAAUGGUCACAGUCGCAACGGGAAAGGCCAUGCUCCACGAAGGAAACGGCGGAACCGCUUUGUUAAGAAAAAUGGUCAGUGCAAUGUUUAUUUUGCCAACCUAAGCAACAAGUCUCAGCGGUACAUGGCCGACAUCUUUACUACAUGUGUUGACUCUCGUUGGCGCUACAUGUUCAUGAUCUUUUCAGCAGCUUUCUUGGCCUCCUGGCUGUUUUUUGGGCUCAUCUUCUGGAUCAUUGCUUUCUUUCAUGGUGACUUAGAUGCCUCCAGUGCAGCUAGUGGUCCCACUGCUACAAAAUCCUGCAUCAAACAUGUGAAUGGCUUCUUGGGAGCUUUCCUCUUCUCGGUAGAAACACAGACAACCAUUGGGUACGGUUUCCGAUAUGUGACUGAGGAAUGCCCACUAGCUAUCAUGGUGGUAGUGGUACAAUCCAUUGUGGGCUGUGUCAUUGACUCUUUUAUGAUUGGCACCAUCAUGGCUAAGAUGGCCCGUCCUAAAAAAAGGGCUCAGACCCUUCUUUUCAGCCAUCAUGCUGUCAUCUCUCUACGGGAUGGCAAACUCUGCCUCAUGUGGCGAGUUGGAAAUUUAAGGAGGAGCCAUAUUGUGGAAGCACAUGUCCGGGCCCAACUGAUCAAGCCCUACAUGACAGCAGAAGGUGAGUAUCUUCCAUUGGACCAGCGGGAUCUGAAUGUAGGAUACGACAUAGGCCUUGACCGCAUCUUCUUGGUUUCUCCCAUUAUUAUUGUCCAUGAGAUCGAUGAGGAGAGUCCACUGUAUGGGAUUGGCAAGGAAGAGCUGGAAAGAGAAGAUUUUGAAAUUGUGGUCAUCCUGGAGGGCAUGGUGGAAGCUACAGCUAUGACAACGCAGGCUCGCAGCUCCUACUUGGCAAGUGAAAUCCUCUGGGGCCACCGUUUUGAGCCUGUUGUCUUUGAGGAGAAGAAACACUACAAAGUGGACUAUUCACGCUUCCACAAGACCUACGAGGUGGUUGGAACUCCUUACUGCUCUGCUCGGGAACUGCAGGAGAGCAAGAUCACUGUCCUUCCUUCGUUGCCACCUCCCCCUAGUGCCUUCUGCUAUGAGAAUGAGCUAGCCCUUGUCAGCCAGGAUGAAGAUGAAGAGGAUGACUUGGAUGUGGGAGUUGAUUUGGGAGGAGUCACUAAGGAAGAUGCUGGAGUCAUAUCCAUGAUGGACUUUGGAAGUCAUAUUGAUCUUGAUCGGCUGCAGGUCUCCAUUCCCCUGGACCCACUCUCAUACCGUAGGGAAUCCGCCAUCUAAUCACCAUCCUUGCUGUCCAUCCCAAUUUUUUUUCCUGCUACGUCUUAUCCAUUUAGCACCAGUGUUUGGAUGGGAAAACCGCAUGGUACUUCUAGGAACUCUAAACCUGAGCAUAUACAGACAUGGCAUUUCCUCUGGUGUCCAACAGUUCAGAUGCUCUUCCACGGUGUUAGAAACUUGUUUUUGAACGUCAUGGGUUCAGUACAGAAUUGAAGCCAAUUCUCUUCAUUUCCACACUCCUGCUUUUCUGUUGCUCGUGAGAAGACAGCAAUAGCUAUUGCAGCCUAAGAUCAUAUAGGCCUGCAAGAGCAACAAGGGCAGAGGCUACUAAGGAGACUGACAUUAUUGCUGUCAGGGGUGGGGGAUGGGGAGCUGCAAAUGUGCUUCUACCUAGUUUGAGUGGCUGUUCUCUGUGCAUCAGAAGGUAACUGACACCAAAGGUGCUCAUGGCAAACAUUCACUUUAUGCAUAUUGGCAUAAAUGGAGAAAUCUGAUGGUUCAGUCCUAGGAGCUGGGGACAAUAUAGCAGUGCAUGCAUACCAACUGGUGCAUACUUAAAAUGCUGAAUCAGGACAGAAUACAAGCAGUUCAUUUCCAUUUCAUUUGGUUUGGGGGGUUCUGAUACCAUGCCUCCAUAAAUAAAUUCAUACUCUGUCCUCAUUAAGCAAAAGUGUUCCUCCCUACAUUGUGCUGGCUGGUGCCACUUGGUGCCCAUAGAAUGUGGCUCAUACUCGGUCAUAAUGGUUUUCUGUUCAUACAUACUUUAAAAAUUCCACUUCUCCUUUAAGAAAUCUCUAGUUCUUGAUAAAAUGCUUCCAAAAUAUAUGAAAAAAGUUCAAAGGAAUCAUUAAAACAAUCUUUUGGGCUAACUCCAUCCUUUUCUUUUCCUUCCUUUUACUUGAUCAGUGGUUUAUCCAAUUUUUGCUAACCUGAAAGCUUGCCAUAAGCACUUUUGGUGGCACUUCCCUUCUUAUGUAUAGAGAACAGCUAGUCAAACUAGGGUGAGAAUUUUCUUAUGCUCCUGUGAUCUAGCGCCAGAGCUUCUGCCAAUGACACCACUUUUUCCUUCAUUUUACCAGCAGUUUACUAGAUUAAUUCUGAAUUUAAGUUUUAAAAUUUGAGCCCCUUACAGCAGUCACCUCCUGAUAAUCCAUGCUGGAAACCAACACUUGAAGAAAACUUUAUAAGAUGACAUUUUUGGCUGGAUCAUGGUGUCCCUCCCCCCAUUGCUUAGUGCAGUGGUCCCCAACCUUGGGUAACCCAGUGUUCUUGGACUGCAACUCCCAGAAACCCCAGUGAGCACCUAGUCUAGUAGUGGAGGUUUUGAGAGUUGCAGUACAAGAACCUCUGAAUUUCCUAAGGUGGGAACUACCGCUGUAGUGCAACAGUGCUAAAACUGAAACUUUCUGAUGCAAUCAAAGCUACGACCAGUGCAGUGGGACAUCAUCACUACUAAUCCAUGUUGGUGUCACUCUGCAGAAACAGCCCCUCAUUCAAAACAGUGACCUCUUGAAUAUUGUUUUGUCAGAAUGCUUUUAUUUGAAAGCCUGUGAUUGGAUUGUUUAAUUUAAAAUAAGCACUAACUUCACAGCCUCUGACCCAAGAGUUUUGGGUCAAAUAUACACUACCUAUUUUAGGAGGUGUAAAAAAGCAUGGAAAUCAAUGAGUUUGUGUCUGUUUGCUACCAUUGAUACCUUUUUGAUUCUUGCAUUGUGUGGACAGCAGGAAGAAUGGUGGUGUCGUGGAAACAAAUGAAAUGAAACAAUCGUUCCGUAUGGUCAAGCCCUUAGUUUUCUCUGAUCCUUUUGGAAGUUUCAGCCUCUUCCCUUUGGGAUCCAAACAAGGCAAGUAAAAAAACAUACCGUACAUUUGCAAGAAAAAAGGUUCCCUAACUGAGCCAGUAACUGGAAGAUCUGCAACUCCUCUCUGCUAAGCAAUGGAAUCUAUUAUGUGCUUCCCUGGCAUUUUCUCUCCAACCCAUUUUCUCUUCUCACUUG